AUGAUUCAUAAUACAGAAUAGUCUAAAAUUAUAAAAGUAGUUUAAAUUGGAAACAUCUAUGUAGGAAAGUCAUCUUUAUAUUUGAGAUAUCAUUAAGGAGAGUUUAUUGACAACCCUAAUUAUAUUGAUUUCUACAAUAAAAUUAUUAAUUUAGCAGAGAAACAAAUUACAUUUUAAUUUUGGGAUUAUCGCUCUAACGAAAAAUUCUUUUCUUUAUCUCACUAUUUUUAUAACUAAAGCUCUAUAGUUAUGAUAUCUUAUGAUAUUACUAACAGAUAAUCUUUUGAUAGAGUACAAUUUUGGUUUGAGGAUUACAAUCAAAAAAAAUAAAAUAAAGUAGCUCUACUAGUUUUGAUUGGAAAUAAAUACGAUUUAGAAUAAUAAAGAAAAGUUUCCUAAAAAGAAGGUAAACAACUUGCAAAUUCUUUAGGGAUGCUAUUCUUCGAAGUCUCCUCUAAAACAGGUUAUUAAGUAAAUGAGCUCUUUGAAAGUUUAAUAAGCUAUGCAAUCAAUGUUAAUUGA